AUGGACGCGGCUUUCGUCUCGGAUUACUCUGUAGGCACCGGCAGCUCUGAGAUGGCGGAUAAGCUCUCCUCUGCUUUCGCGGAGGUGGCUGCUUCUGCUGAAGCAUCUGUAUCAGCAGGCCCGCAUAUCACGUACAUGUGGAUUGUCAAGGGCUGUAAUUAUGGAUGCUUGCGCCAGAAGACUCUCGUGGAGGAUGCCUAUCCUGUCCCUUCCCGCCCGUGUAUGGUUGUAUGGGAUGAUCUCGCCAAUCUUGCUCGCUAUAAGCUCGCAGAUGCCGUGUUCUACCAUCUCUCUGCCUCCUCUUCACUCACCGGUAGCAGGUCGCUAACUGCUGACACAGAUUACUCUCCUCAGCAGGAGAGGCCCUCGUUAGAGCACUCUAGGGCAUACGGCGCUACGAUCGAACGUGGGGAGCGUCCUCUCCUUGACGCCGGGGCACAGCUCCAAUCCCUCAUUUCCUCGGAUCCAUUGCCGGAAACUCGAACCGUCGUCGAGCUCCUGGUAAAGCCUCUUAUCGCUGAUGUGAAAGGGACUGACAGCCUACCCUCUGAGGGUGAAUAUGUGGGGGCCGUCCUCGCCGCUGAACUGGCUUAUUCCCACGGGCAGAAGAUCAUUGAGUUGUGGGAUCUUGCUAUUGUGAUGUGGGAGUGCGGCGCAAUUUGGACAGUUGGAGUGGCAGGUCUUUGCUACACUCACACCGGAAACUCCAACUAUGGCCGGGCUCGCGAAGACUUGCCUGACAUAACCUGGAGUUAA